GCAAAGAGUUAUGCAGGCCGGAGAAAACAAAAAUGACAUGAAAUGUUUUUCUUUAGGGCCUUUCCAGUGACUAAUGAGGAGAACCCAAAUGGAUAAUCUGGUUCUACAUAGGAGGAGUCAUAUGGAUGCCAGAGACAAGAACAAACCUUCUUGAAAGAAUCCCUGGAACAUCACGAGUGGCUUUCAAGUUAUUAUUUUCAGAUAUAAAGGGAGGUGUACAAACAUAGUGAAUGAUUCAGUCUUUCAGGUUCGAGGAAAGAGUAUGCUAAAUGGACAGACUUCAAAAAAGCUUUUUGGUGACUUUGAGCCUCUUGGCCUUAUUAACAGAUCCUGGGUCUGGCUUUUCCAUCACAGAAGGCCCCAGCAAUGUAACAGCACUUGCUGGUACAGAGGCCCGUUUUAACUGUACGGUGACAGAGGGAUGGCAAAUUUUGAUAUGGCUUUUCGAAGGACAGCCUGUACUGUCUGUUACUUAUCCUGGAAAAGCAAUAAUAACAGAUAAGAGCUACAGUCAACAAGGGUACAACAAAAGUACUGAGUUUACCUCAGAGCUGACGAUCCACAAUGUUCAGCUAAAUAAUUCUGGAAGAAUAGAAUGCAGCCUCCAGACUGUGAGUGGCAAUCAGUAUGCAUUUCUUUCUGUUCAAGUUAAUGGAUCUUUGGAUAUCAAAGAUCACAACUUGACAGUAAGAAUGAACCAAACAAUUGAGAUAGUUUGUGAAGCUGUUGGAUGGGACCCUGCUCCACACAUUACCUGGAUGGUAAAUAAUAUUUCAGUAGAUAAUUCAUAUUACAUUACCAACCAGAGUCAAGGAUCUAACAGCUUAUACAAUGAAGACAGCAUCUUGACCCUGACUCCAGUGAUCAAUUCUACUGUGAUUUGCUUAGCUGCCAUACUUGCCCUAACUAAACCUCAGUCUGCAACUAUGACUCUUGUUGUGUAUCCUCCUCCAAUAGAAUCUGGUACAAAUGAAGAUGAUGGAAGAAUCCGUACAAUAAUAUUAGCAGUUGUAUUGUCUAUUGUUGGUUUUCUUCUUCUGAUCCUUAUUAUUCUGCUUCUUGUGUGCUGCUGCAAAAAGAAAGAGUCCAACUAUCAGAAGGAAAUGCGAAAGGUUUCUAAGCAAAAUUUGGAAACAGUGAGUGACAGCGGAAAUGAAAAUUAUGGCUACAGUCCAGAGGAACAAAAACAUACCAAGCAAAUGUCAAGAGCUCCUCUGCCUCCCCCCCCAGCGGACUCUGGUUUUCGUGGACCUGAACAAGAUUUAGCAGUGGGCUCUGCAUCAGAGGUCUCUUAUGACGGAAAUUAUGACAGAGUUCUUCCUUCAAGACCUGCUGCUUAUCCAGUCAAUCCAAGAAAAAUCAGAAAUGUGACACUUGUAUAGGAAAGCCCUCUCUUAGUUCUUUGAGUACCCCUGCCUAUCACACAAGGACUUUUUAUUGUCAUUUCUUUCCUACACUGAUGAUGUUUGGCAAGAAUAAGCAUAGUGGAUCCUUUUUGAAAAACUUAUUUUGCCUGAUGAAGAAUAUUAUGAACUGUGAAAGCUUGUGCACCCCUUUAAAUUAUUGGUAGGUUCAACAGAAUAUGUUAUCUUGUUGAUCAAAAUGCUUCCAAUCUUGAUCCAUUUAUGUUCAAACAUGGGAUCAGUUUUUUUUAAGAACAGAAAUAUCUGUAGCUUAAUGGAAAUAAUAUUUAUUAUCACAAUACAUAAUAUUUUAUUUGUGACUUGCACAGAGCAUAUAGCUAAGAUAACGUUAAAAAGUUAAAGACAGGCACAUUGAGAGGGGAAUAAGAGAGCCGAAAUCAUUAUGAAAUCAGUUGAAGGGAAUUCAUGAAGAGGCUUCCAUUUCAACUGUUUGCCAGUUCGGGACAGGCACAAUACAAAUCUACAGGAUUUGCCAACAUGAAUGCUCUCUGUGAAUAUUUGAUUUAGCUCUUAUUAGUAUGUGAGCAACUCAUCCAUCAAAGAUUUGUAACAAGUCUCUUCAUUUAAUUCAGAGCAGUGUUUUAGACUGCACUAGUCCACUGCAGGCUUUAGUGUAGGAUAGAACAAAGAAAGUUAUAACAGCUCUAUAUAGAAGAAGAACCUGACUUAUUAAACUGCUGCUGUUUAGAACCAUGUUGACUUAUUAUGAUGCCUAGCAUUAAGGACAAACUAAGUAUCACAGAUUACUAUUUAAUGGAAUCAUGUAUAUUUUAUGCUACUUAUAUUAUUUAAUGUAUGUAUCUUGAUUGCCUUCCUCUUAUACAUUUUAAAAAACUUAUUAGAAUGGGAUCAUAUUUACUUGGAUGUGAUAUCCAUUGAAAUCAGUUGGACUUCCAAAGACGUGAAUUUAGGGUAUACAUUUGGAGGGUCACUUUUAUCAUCUUGUACAGGAAUUUCUGCAGUUAUUACAGUAUCAGGUGGGGAUACACUCUCCCUAAAAGAGCAGGACUGUAUCUAGUGGGUGCUGCUGGACCGGGGCCUCCUGUUGGAUAAACAGGUGGCAGUGGUGACCAGAAGUGCCUUUCACUAGCCUUGACUGUGGCCCCUCCUGGACAGGAAAGAUCUUGUCACUGUGGUGUAUGCCCUAGUAACAUCCAGAUUAGAUUAUUGCAAUGGUUUCUAUGUGGGCCUGCUCUUGAAGACUGUCUGGGAGCUGCAAUUGGUACAGAAUGCUGUGGCCAGAGUGUUGACUGGAGUGGGUCAAAGGGACCAUAUCACUCCAGUCUUGUUCCAUCUACACUGGUUCCCAAUUUGCUUCUGUGCUGAUUCAAGGUGCUGGUAUUGACCUUUAAAGCCCUAGAUGGCUUGGGACCAGUAUACUUUAAGGAUUAUGUUGUCCCAUGACCUUCUGGUCAUUCUUUGGAGGCCUUGCUUUGGUUGCCCCCACCACUUGAGGCUAGAUAGGUGGCAACCUAGGAAAGGGCCUUCUCAGUCAUGACACUGAUACUUUGUAACUCCCUCCCAAGGGAGAUUUGCCUGUCUCCUGUCAUUGUCUUCCAGCAGUGGGUGAUGCCUUUUUAGUUCAUUUGGCAUAUCCUCAGUAAACUCUUAUUGGCCUUCCUCCCUGGUUGAGCAUGUGCUUGUUUAUACAUCUGUGUUUUUAUUGUAUCUGUAUGUGCAUUUUAAAUGUUAUUUUAAUGUUUUGAUUAUUUGUUGUCCAUUGCCUUGGGGGAUACUAUUUUGGGUGGAAAGGUGGCAUUGUGUUUCCUGGUUAUGAUUAGAAAUGUAAUUUUUUAAAAAUGUUUAGAUCUGAACAGAUUUGGUUGUGUCUGUCUAUAUUAUUAGAUUGCUAUUCUGCAGCUACUACCCUCAGCUCACCUGUUGCUGCCUCCAAUUUUUAAAAGGCACA